GUGGCAUCCGACGGCGUUUAGUCAUGCCGGUCAGUUUACCCAUUUCUCACUUUUACUCUAAAGGCGGCAAACGCGUAUACGGAGCACACCAGAUGUCACUAUACAUUUGCUUUCACAAUAAGGAAAUACAGGAGAAGAAUCCACGACACAUACACAGGCGUCAGAGGCUGUACUCGAUGCUCACUCGACCACGCUCCGACACAGGCAUAAGUGCUGCGUGGUUGAAGGCAUUUAUAGCUUUUACUCAUGUGCCAGAUUACUGCGAAACAGAAUGCAGCGUUUUCCAAGAAACACUCCAGCUCAGAACAAGCAAAGAACAAAUGCAAUACUCAGCUCAUUACGCCACUGCCGCCGCGUUGAGAAAUCAGUUAACUUACGCCCGGCAGCUAAACUGUCAACGAAAGAGCCAGCGCUUCCUGGUACCGUAGCCAGGGCUUUACUUCGGAGGACGUUUUCAGCUUGCUCGUGUUUCUCUUGCAUCGAAGGGCGGUCUCUUACGCGUUAUUAAAACGUCUGGCAGUGUUCCGGCGACAAAAAAAAAUUUAAAAAAAAACCUUGCACACUCUUUCUCGCAGCUUAGGCUGAGACACGGGAGGCCGCCUGCCCUCCGAGUCGACGCCAAGGCUGAGACCGCGAGACGCGCCCCGGCUGACAGGAAAUCUGCCUUGAGAAAGGGAAGAAGGCCAGUGGCGUCCGACUGCUUUUGAGCCGCUUGAUCCUUGGCACUACCACCACCAUGGCGGAAACCAAGGACGCCAGGUCGCCGUCGCCGCAAUAUGACGGUCUCAGCAGCAUGGACCAUCUGCUCCCGGACAAGCCGUACAGGCCACGCAACGUACCUUGGACGACAAGAAUCUACCGGCUGAUCGGCUCUCCCAACACUGCCGGCAAAGAGGAAUUGAUCGUCGUCGGCCUCCUGGCCUUCAUGCUACUGGCUGGCGUCGUCGUCGGUACGGCAAUGCUGCCGCGAGAUUCAGAGCACGGACGAAUGGCGGCGAUGAAGAUCAAGUACAGCAUCCCCAGCAGUUACGCAAUGCCGACGACUACCACCACGACCACGACUGCCACCACCAGACAGACCACGGCACGACACCACACGCCACGAAAUGAGGAAGGGGCAGCAGAGAGAGCCGAAGAAGACAAUGAGACAGACGACGCAAAAGAGGCAGACGACGCAGAAGAGGCAGUCGACGCAGAUGAGACGACGAUUCCUACAGUGGAAGAGCAAAACGAAAGCGACUCGAAGAAAGAAGCAUAAGAAGUAUAAAGCCGAAAACUACUAACAAGUCCGCGCGGUCACCAAAGCGACAUGUGAAGGCACCAGUUUAGCGCAUGCAGAUUACACUGAAUUUGUCGUGUUCGUGCACAAGUUCGACGGGGAUAAAACCUGCAGUGCUUUUAGUUUGAUUCAUUUCGCUGCAGUUUCUCAUAAACAUUAGUCCCUGUUACGCUCUGCAGCAAAACAAAGGGUUUCAAACCAUGGGAUAAUGCCAUGUCACGUCACUCGAAAUAACGUCGCCAGGCUUAGCCGCUCAGUUUAUAUAACUGAGUUUCAUGCAAGUCCAAAGGUUUUACGUCUGACAGAGCAAACACCGCAGCCGAGCUGCGAAAGUUCGGUAGCAUCAACAGCGCCUGGCAGUCGUAAUUUCCGGUAAAUUACUUCCACCUACUACAACGCAGUCCCUUUAUGCACAGUGUCUCCGGCAUUUCAUUAAAGCAUGUUUCUUUCUCUCUAUAUAUAUCACAGCGUCGAUCGCCAAGGCGAGGGGCUUCGCGGUGACGGGCACGACUCGCGCGCGCUGCAGCUGACUCUUGCAGGCCAAGAGAUGACAAAGGAUGAGUAGGAAGGCAGGGAGAUUAACCAGGGAUAUACCCUGAAAAGGAGGAGGAGUGAGGGAUGAGCAAGAGGCACGGCACCGCGAAAUGUGAAAUAUAUGUCAGGCAGCGGCUGGAACAACGUCCUCCUAAAUAGCAUUCAUAGUGCAUCACUGUUCACUUCUGAAACGAACUCCUAUCGUGUGCAUGAUGCAAGAACUUGUCAUCAGCCGGACUGCGGCGUAGGCGAAAGGCCAAGUAGGCAUGCAGCCCUACGCAUAUACACCGAGGACACGUCCCGACGCCACUGACCUUGCGCAUGCACCCGCUUUAGCCAUCCACCCAUUCCCUCACGUACGAGAGCCAGCAGCACAGCGUAGGGUCCGGCAGUUCUCCCUCGGGUGCCGUGCCCCGUCGGAGGAGGCUCGCUCCAUCAGCCGCCUAUCAGGCUUCGGCAGCCGGUCAAGCGCGAAGGAAGUAAGGCUCCAGUGGAAGCCGGGACUACUGCAUCGCGCGGCGAAGAUGCGACCAGCGUGGGCAACAAUGAAUUACCCACGCGCAGUGGCCUCUCGCGAUGGCCCGACAAGGCGUUGCACAAUGUAGCCGGCCAGGGUCCGGAAAACGGAAAAGAAGCGAAACCCUCGAGCUACUCCUACACUGUUA